UGGAAACAGAGCACAGCAAGAGGAGGAGCUCCACAACUGAAUAUGAAAGGCUUCAUGUUGGAAGUGAAGAGCUGCUGUGUUCUCUCUAUUGUUCAUUCAGUACAAGUGGAAAUGAUGCAGCUCUGCUUAGUUUGGAUGAUCAUCUUCAUGUUUCACACUGGAUCCUCUGAGGAUUUAGUGAAACCAUUUAAAGAUGUAAUGCUGGCUUUGGAAGGAGACUCUGUGACUCUCUCCUGCAACUAUUCAGGCUCUGUACAAAACCUCUACUGGUAUCAACAGAAGUCCAGUUCAUCUCCACAGUUUUUCCUCGCAGAAUAUUCAAAGAAACCAGGUUUUUCUUUUAAACAUGACAAAACAGCAAAGGAGUUUCAUCUGCAGAUCUCCUCUGCUGCAGUGACAGACUCUGCUGUGUACGCAAAUGUUGGAGAUUAUUUCUUCUGGUAUCGACAAUAUCCAGGAAAACCACCAGGGCUCCUCAUCUCACACUCUGCUUCAGGAGCAGUAGGAAAUGAUCCAAUCCCUGGACUGUCUGUUAAAGUGAGUGAUGAUAAAACCCAUCUGGAUCUGCAGAUCUCCUCUGCUGCAGUGACAGACUCUGCUGUGUACUACUGUGCUGUGAAGCCCACAGUGACAGGAAACACCAAAACUCUGUUCAAAAACCUGACAGCUCCUCUGAAGAUUUACUCACUUCAGCUCCUCCUUUAACUGAACAGCAGCGCCACCAAGUGGACACUGACAACACAAUCUAAAGACACAUUACAAUGUUACUCCUGUUAUUAAUAAAACACAACAGCUAUCUAUUUACAGCGAGACACUCAACAAGGAAGACUUCUUCUACACAGUUCAUUUUACUAUCACUGAUGAUGAGACAAAUACAAAUUCCAGACUGGUGAUGAUUUCAUCAUUCUACCAGGUUGAAAAGUGGUUAAAGAGACUUUGUUGUAACAGAAAGUUCACAUGUUAAAGCUC